CCCAGAAGCCACCGGGCUCGCAUCCCCCUCGACCGGUGGCUCCUCUUCCGGUGUCGGAGCAGCUGUGGUCCCUACGUGCUCUGGCAUCUUUGAAAUUGGAUUCUCUAAUAGAGAGAACCUGAGGAAGAUCAGCAGUUUGAAAACCAUGACCUGGGUGCCAUUGACAUUCAGUGAUGUUGCCAUAGACUUUUCUCAGGAGGAGUGGGAAUGCCUAAAUUCCGAUCAGAGGGAUUUGUACAGAGAUGUGAUGUUGGAGAAUUAUACUAACUUGGUCUCACUGGACAUUGAUUUUACAACUGAAACCAACAAGUUAUCUUCAGGAAAAAGCAGUUAUGAAGUAAAUUCAUACCAUCGGGAGACAAUGAAAAGGAGUAAAACCUUCAACCUCAUGAGGUUUAUUUUCAGAAAUGACCCACAGUGCAGAAUUGAAUUUGGGAGAGAACAGGGGCCUAACAUAGGAUGUUAUAGUCAAAUGACACUUAUAAAACAUAUAUCUCUUCCUCUACAUCAGAGAGUUCACACUAGUGAGAAAUCCUAUGAAUGUAAGGAAUGUAGGAAGGGCUUUAGAAAAUAUUCAUGCCUUACUGAACAUGUGAGAGACCAUAAUGGUGUGAGACCCUAUGAAUGUAAGGAAUGUGGAAAGGCCUUUAUAGUUCUCCAGCAUUUUAUUAGACAUAAAAAAAUUCACACUGAUUUGAAACCCUAUGAAUGUAAUGGAUGUGAGAAGGCCUUUAGGUUUUAUUCACAGCUUAUUCAACAUCAGAUCAUUCAUACUGGUGUAAAACCCUAUGAAUGUAGGCAAUGUGGGAAGUCUUUUAGACGUUAUUCUCACCUUACUGAACAUCAGAAAAUUCAUAUUGGUUUGAAACCCUAUAAAUGUAAGGAAUGUGGGGAAACUUUUAGAUUGUAUCGACAUAUGUGCCUACAUCAGAAAAUUCAUCAUGGUGUGAAACCCUAUAUAUGCAAGGAAUGUGGGAAGGCUUUUGGUCAUCGUUCAAGUCUUUAUCAACAUAAGAAAAUUCAUUCUGGUGAGAAACCAUAUAGAUGUAAACAAUGUGGAAAGGCCUUCGUUCGCAGCUAUCUACUUAUUGAACAUCAGAGAAGUCAUACUGGCGAGAAACCUCAUGAAUGUAAGGAAUGUGGAAAGGCCUUUAGUAGGGGCUCAAGCCUCCUUAAACAUAAGAGAAUUCAUAGUAGUGAGAAACUCUAUGAUUGUAAGGAAUGCGGGAAGGCCUUCUGCAGAGGCUCUCAACUUACACAACAUCAAAGAAUUCAUACUGGUGAGAAGCCACAUGAAUGCAAAGAAUGUGGGAAGACAUUUAAGCUUCAUUCAUACCUUAUUCAACAUCAGAUAAUUCAUACUGAUCUGAAACCAUAUGAAUGUAAACAAUGUGGGAAAGCCUUCAGUCGUGUUGGAGACCUUAAAACACAUCAGUCAAUUCAUGCAGGGGACAAACCUUUUGAAUGUAAGGAAUGUGGGAAAACCUUUAGACUUAAUUCUCAACUGGUUUAUCAUCAGACAAUUCAUACAGGUUUAAAACCAUAUAUAUGUAAAGAAUGUAAGAAGGCCUUUCGUUCUAUCUCAGGUCUUUCUCAACAUAAGAGAAUUCAUACUGAUGAAAAACCCUAUGAAUGUAAAGAAUGUGGCAAAGCCUUUAAUCGCAGUGAUCGACUUACUGAACAUCAGAGAAUUCAUACUGGUGUGAAACCACACAAAUGUAAGGAAUGUGGAAAGGCCUUUACUCGUUGCUAUCAACUUACUCAACAUCAAAGAUUUCAUAAUAGUGAGAAACUCUUGAUGUAAUAAUCAAAAAGCACUUAGCUUUGGCACAUCUUUUACCAUUAUCAUUGUUCUACCACCUAAUGAUGUUAUGGUAAAGAUAAAAUUAUUUAAGAUAAAAUUUAAAUGCAUUUUGCACAUAAUAUUUGCUUAGUAAGUAUUGUGGUUUUUAAUGAUAAUCACUAUUUUUUAAAAGAUUUUAUUUAUUUAUUUAUUUAUUUAUUUAUUUAUUUAUUUAUUUAUUUAUUUAUUCAUGAGACACACACACACAGAGGCAGAGACACAGGCAGAGGGAGAAGCAGGCUCCAUGCAGGGAGCCCGACAUGGAACUCGAUCCUGGGUCUCCAGGAUCAUGCCCUGGGCCGAAGGCAGGCGCUAAAUUGCUGAGCCACCCAGGGAUCCCCGAUAAUCACUAUUAAUACUAUACAUAAAUUCAUGUGGAAAGAAGACACUAUAAGCAUUUUUUUAAUGUAUCAAGGUUCAUCCAUAUUUUCUUCAGAUAAUUCAUUCUGGACAAAAUUCCAUAGAAUAUAUUAAGACAUUUUUAUUCAAAGCUCAACAUCCUGAAGACUAAUAAUAAGAAACCCUGUGCCUUUAUUGAAUAUUGAGAGUUCAGCUGUUGAAAAAUUGGAGAGUAGUUUGAAGAAACUUUCUUACAAUAAGUUCUACAAUACAGAUAACACACAAUCCACAUGCCCUACAAUUGAAAGAAAUUAAAAAAAGAACAAUUUGGUAGCCAAAGACCUAGGUUGACUUGGAAAAGUUUUUCUUCAAGUUUUUAAAUUUAUAUAAAAGGUACAAUAGUGUCACAGUGAAAUUUGUUUGCCUCCACCUAAAUUCAAUGUAUAUCUCUCUCUCGCAUAAAUAUGAACAUGUAUAUAUACAGAUGCACAUAUACCAUAUAUCAUUCUCAUUACAUAUUGUUUUUUUCAAAGAUUUAUUUAUUUAUUCAUGACACAGAGAGGGAGAGGCAGAGAUACAGGCAGAGGGAGAACCAGACACCUUGCAGGGAGUCUGAUGCGGGACUCAAUCCUGGAUCCCGGGAUCAUGACCUUAGCCGAAGGCAGGCACCCAACCGAUGAGCCACCCAGGUGUCCCUUCUUAUUACAUAUAGAGUAUAUUUACAUAUAUCAUUUUGCUGUUUUUUUUUCAGUGAACAUUUUAGAUAUCACUUCACCUCUAAAAAGUCAACAUACAACUCUUAGAAUUAAGGAUAGGGCACCUGGGUGGCUCAGUGGUUUCGCAUCUGCCUUUGGGUCAGGUUGUGAUCCCAGGGUCCUGGGAUCAGGUCCUGCAACAGGCUCCCUGCAGGGAGCCUGCUUCUCCCCCUGCCUAUAUCUCUGCCUUUCUCUCUGUGUCUGUCAUGAAUAAAUAAAUAAAAUCUUUUUUAAAAAUUAAGGAUAAAAAAAUAAAAUAAAAAUUAAGGAUAAUAUUCUAGAUGAUGAUUAAACCAUUGUUACCUAAAAAGCACUAAUAAUAACCUUAUAUUGUUCUAUAAUAUUCAGCCCAUUUACAAAUUUCUCUGAUUGGUUAAACAAUGUAUUCUAGAAGUGCUGGCUUUUUAAAAUGCCAAAAACCAAACCAAGCUCAUAUACUUUAUAUGACUAUGGCUUAUUGGGUCCAGUAAGAAUUGAUCAAUAAUUUACUCUCCACCUCCUUACAUUUUUUGAAGACUCAAAAGAAGUAACCUAUAUAAUUCCAUAUUUGUCCUGCUUUUUCUCAAAGUGGGCUUAACUUGUUCCUCUAUCCCUUGUAUUUAUUGUGAACUGAAGCUUAUGUCCAGAGGUUUGAUUAGGUUUCAGAUUAAACAUUUUUUACAAGACUGCUUCAUAGAUAAGUGUAUUUGAUAUAAAAUAUCAAAUACAAGUGAUACAAGUGAAACAUUGUUUGAUCUCUUCACUCAUAUAUUGACCACAAGUUCUCUCCAUUGUAUUGGUACAUUUUUUCUUUGCAAUUAGUAAUUCCUGUAAAGUCACAUUGGCACUCCAACUGAGAAAUUUAAACAGGCUAUUAUUCUAAAGAAAUUUUUUAAAAACCCUGCCAAAACUCUCAUUUUAUAUUUACCCUUUCCCAUGCUCUUCAUGAUUUCCCACUUCCAAUUCCCAAUGGUCUAAAUUUCCAUCUGGUAUCAUCUUCCUUCAGCUUGAAGAACUUAAUUUAGCAUUUCUUGGAGUGCAUAUCUACUAGUAGUGAAUUUUCAGUUACCUUUACUGAAUGCCUUUGUUCUUGAAGGAUUAUCUUUCUUGCCAUAGAAUUAUGGAGUUUGUUGUGUAGUUUUUUAAAAAAAGAUAUUGUAUCACUGACUUCUGUCCUCUGUAGGUUGUGAUGAGAAGUCAUUUGACUUAUUUUUCCCCUGUAUGUAUCAUUUCUCUCUGCAUGCUUUCAAGAUUUUUCAUUAUCUUUGGUUUUCAUCUAUUUGAGUAUGCUGGUCUAAGUAUGGUUUAUGUUACUUUUUUUGGAGUUCUCUGAGUCUCUGAAAUAUGUACACACAUGCUUUUCCCCAAAUUUCAGAAACUUUUGUCCACAUCCAGAUUAAUUUUCUGCUCUUGCUUCUUCUGGGAUUCCAAGUACUCAUGUUAAAUCUUUUGAUAUUAUCCCACAGGUCACUGGCUGUUAUCUUCAACAUUUUUACUCUUUUUAUAUGGAUAAUAUCUAUUGCUCUAUCUUCAAAUUUAUUUUUUUUCUUGUCAGCUCAAUUAUGCUGUUAAGCUUAUCUAUCAAAUGUUUGAUAUUGUACUUUUCAGUUCUAUUAUCUUCAUUUGGUGCUUUUUUUAUAGUUUGUUUCUUUACUAAGAUUUCCUGUUUCUUCAUUGUAUAUUUUGGCAAUGCUUUUGAGGCCAGUGAAAAUCAUUCAUAUAUUGAUUCACGAUAAAAAAAAAUAAGUAAAAUUAAUAUUCACUUGUGAAAAGUAUCAAUUUCAAGAAAUAUUCCUACCUUUUUAGCUAGGUCACAAAAACAGGUUUCCUUUCCUUGGAGUUUCAGAUUUGUGUGUUCAUAUGCAGUGUGAUACCGGUGAGAAAAUCACACUGUCAUUUUGGGGGAUCCCGAUUAUGAAAUAUUUACCAAGUAUUUUUUUAAGGAAAACCUUGGAGUUCAAAAUAAAGUAAAUCUUUGUAAAACUUCAACCAUUCAACCAAUGAGCACUGGCAAAGAACAUAAGAUAAACAAAUUCAUUGUUUUCUGUUUCAACAGUUCUAUAAAGUGACAAUGAUUCAUAAUAUUUACAUGCAUAUAUUAAAUCAUCAUACUUCUCAUACUGUGGAACAAUCAAUUAGGGAGACAUCAAGCUCUUUAAAAUUCCAAGGAAUUCACAUUUUUAACCUCAUAUAACUGGUUAACUAUAUGAGAAAUUAUUUUUUUCAUAUCUAGUGGAAAUUCUUUUUUUACAUAUAUAAAAUAUUUUUAAAUUAUCUAUGCUAUGGGGACACCUGGGUGGCUCAGCAGUUGAGCAUCUACCUUCGG